GCUCCGGAUUCUCAGCCAUGUCUCGGUGCAAGUCGUUCGGUCGAUUUUUCUCCUUUAGAAUAAACGUUCAUUCCAUGGGGUAAAGGGUGGUCCUCUCGACGCAACUCUCGACGCAUGUCUGACUUGACUCUGAAAAAGCGAGGAGCGAAACGUUUACUAUGAUGAAACAGUCCAACACACCAAGUCUUAGAGACAUAUUCCAAGCUACCAAAUUUUCAAAGUGGAAGGCGUAUGAAAGCCUCCCAAGCGCAGAUUCCUUAGACGGGGAUGAUGAAGGCAUAAUCGACGGCUCACUGCCUCACGAGAAGGGCCAGAAUGGCUCUUUCAACCAAGGGGGGUUCAAGGCAAUGGCAUACUUUUUGUCCGGGUUUUUCCUUGCCACAGUUCUGUCCGUCAUCGUGCUCUGGACACAAGCGGCGGCUCAGUCGCGCGGCAAGGUCAACGCCUACACGCCUCCAGAUCCCCGCGCGUUUCCCGAACUCUAUUUCUCGGACGAGGUCGACCCCCCUCCCAUGCUCAAUCGCAGCUGUGGUUCGACUCCCGCCGAGGCGCGGGACGCGGGCUGCGUCUUCGACCUGCUCACCACGGCCUGGACGGCCCCCGAGUGCGCCGAUCUCGACCUGACCCGUGAGUGGCUCGACGUCGUCACCAAGGAGGGGCAGAAGUGGCCGUACUACCACGACAAGCACGGCAAAGAUCCCCAAAAGGACCUGGCGUACUUGCAGUCUGGCGAGUGGACCGGCGAGCUGUGGUCUACCCUGCGCCUGCAUCAAUACCACUGCCUAUUCAUCUGGAGGAAGAUGCACAUGGCGUAUCUUGCCGGAAAUGCCGUCGACACCGUGAUGAGGGGACUGAAGCACUCCAAGCACUGCGAGAAGAUGAUGAUGAUGGACGUCGAUCCCGACAAGGUUUCUGGUGUACAGGGUGUAUAUUACAGAACUUGCUGAUCAUUGUCAAAUACGAG